AGUUAAAUCCUCACACAAACACAAACCUCGCUCGAACAACACAACAAACUGAAACACUCUCACAGUUUAUUCUCCUCACAACAUUUGCAUCUUUUCUCCGCGUGCGUGCACACACUGCAUGCGGGUGCACGUGCGCGCGGGUGCAUGUGCGCGCAGGCGGAGGAUCGCUGAGCCGAGCCGUCGUGCAGCAGGAACGAGCCGCCAGGCGCGCAGGAGAAGCCGCGAAAUAGAACCCGAGCAUCCGCUACCUGGAGGAAGCAGAGGGAGCGCGUGCAGCUCAGAGUCCGAGAAGCCAGAGAUCCAAAAUGGGAGGCAAGCUCAGCAAAAAGAAGAAGGGGUUCAACGUCACUGACGACAAGGCCAAAGACAAAGAUGCCACAGCCGAGGGGGCCUCUGCCGAGGAGAGCGAAGCUCCGAAAGAAAACAAAGAUGAGGCGCCGGCGGCCGACACCGCGGCGGCCAAAGACGAAGAUAAGAACGCAGCUCCCGCCGCAAAGGAGCCCGAGAAACCUGCCGCCAACGCUGAGCCCAAAGCAGAGGCGCCCAAAGCAGAGGCUCCGAAGAGCGCAGAGCCCGCCAAGGCCGAGGAGAAACCAGCCGCCCCCGCCCCGGCCAAAGAAUCGGCCCCUGCCCCCAAGGAGCCCGAGGCCAAGGCCGCGGCUCCAGCCCCGGCGGCCGAGAGCAAAGAUGAGGCCAACGCCAAAAAGACUGAGGCCCCCGCGGCACCAGCAGCCAAAGCCGAGACGGCCCCCGCGGCCACCCCCGACCCCAAGCCCACAGAGGCGGCGGCGCCGGCUCCCGCUCCGGCAAAGGAGGCGGCCGCUGCACCUAGUUCAACACCAGCUGCCGAACCUCCGGCCAAGGAGGCGAACGCCACCGAGGCACCAAGCAAGGAUCAAACCGUAGCAGUUCAAGAUUAAUGGACAGCUUCUUUUCGGAAAUGAAAAAAUAAAGUUCCUUACUCAACAACGAUGAAGAAUAAAAAAAAGUGAAGAAGAAAUUAACUAGCCCCGCCCCUAUUCUGAUAACAACAAUGAUGAUAAUAAUUGUAAUGAUGACGAUUUGUUGAACGAGGAGGACGGGAGCGAACACCCGGAGAAGUUUCCACCGCUGCAGAUGAUUAUUGCUAUUAUUAUUGUUAUGUUUUAUUCUAUUUUUUUCUGCUGUAGUAUUUGAACUUUGAUACGAGUCUGUGUCUUCACCAUUCCACCUCCAUCAUGCUCCCCCCCCCCGACCCAGGAGUGGACGUCCAGUGAAUCCGUCCACUCCUCCUCCUCCUCCUCCUCCUCCUCCUCCUCCUCUUCCUCCUCAGAGUGUCGUGUUCUCAGCCUGGUAUCUACAGCUGUGGUCCCCCCCCCCCCCCCCGCCCCUGUCGUUUGUCGAGAGGACAGAGAACGUCCGGUCUUUCUAGAACAUUUUGGAUGUUGCUGAGGAGCUUUGCAGAGAAAAACAGAUUCUUAGACAUAAAAAACAGUCAUAGGAAUUUUUCUGAUAAGAUUCUAGAUUUUGUACUGAAACCCUUACGUAUAUUGUAAGUGAACUAAGUGGUUUUUUAACAUUUGUAAUAUGCUAAUAAAACCUGCGAAGCCUCGCUGCAGAGACGUCUACGAUGUUCUUAGAAAGACGGAAAUCUCUGAUCCUGCAUCUGAAGACAAACUCUUAUGAGACAUGAUAAGUUCUGAAGGACACAUCCUCCAGGCAGGUGGCGUUCAGGAGCGUCCACAUCCUGUCGGUACAAAACAGACUCAACUCUUAAACUCUUUCCUGUGACGGUGCAGAUUCACGGCAGAAAACAAAAUCCUUCGCUGGAAAAUACUUUUUUAAAUCAGUCGUACAUUCUGAUGCAGGAUGAACUCAAAUCCAUUCAAAGUUCCAAAUUUAUACAAUUUGAGAAUUAAAUAAUUAAUAUAUUUUGAGAUUUAUCUAUUUUAAGGAUUAGUUAACUCCUGCAACCCUUCUCACUUCAGGUUUCCCACCUUGAAAUUCUCUUACCUGAGAUUUUAAACACAGAAACUUAAACUGGAACGUUCCUCAAACCUCGGCCGAGAACCAACUGUCAAAUCACACUCUCAGUGUUAGUCCCAUAGAUUCGCCGUCAUUAUGGGACGGACGAGCCUGGCACAUGACAGGCAGCCUCUGAUUUCCAUGCCUCAUUCAUUUUCUUAUCUUUCCUGGAAUAUAUAUAUAUAUCACAUAUACAGUCAGUGCAUGUAUGCAGCAGUGGAAGAGGAAGAAGGAAGGAAGAUAGGAAGGAAAGAGGGAAGGAAGGAAGGACUCGAGCAGCAAAAAGACAUCAUGAUUUUCUAUGAUGUGAAAAAAUGAAAAAGGACAGGAGGAGGAACGAGAGACUGAAAGAACAAGGGAAGAGAGAACGAGGAGAAAGGAAGGAAAGAAUUACAGUAGAUAUUUUAUUAUCGACAAUCUGUGAAUUACAAAUUAAACCAACUGACAGAAAAUAGAUAAACAUCGGCUUACGGUGCCAGAAACCAAUAUUUGAAUAAAUGUACUUUUCCUACUUUCCACUUAUGUGUACAUACAUGUGGGCGUAUGUGUAUUUAUAUAUAUUUACUCAUCUCAGCCAUCAAUCGUUUCAGUUCGUCCAGUGACACGCAGCCUGCUCCUCGCCACACUUGUCAAACCGUAGCAGAAACCACCACCGGGGAGCGCUGUGGGUCACCGGGGUCACCUCCUCUUCUUCUCUUGACUCGGUGAAUUGCAUGUCCGUGGUUGGGUGAACCUGUAGUCCUGUCGUUUUGGUCAAGUGGAAAAAAAAAAAAUGAUAAAAAUAAUAAAAAAAGGAAUUCAUGGAAACUGCAGUGGAUAUCUUCAUCCCAUGUGUCACCGCCGCUCCCCCCCACACGUCCAUCCAGCUAACAAAAAGAUGAUAUGGAAAUUGAUGCAUUCGAAAUUAUAUGUACUUGUAUAAAUGGUGCAACAGUAAUAAAAUAUAAGAAAUUGACUGAAA